GAAUAACGGUCUCUGUAACUACUUGCUCGUACCAUCCAAUACAAGAACGCCACGUUCAAAUCCCGCCAAAUCUCGAGAGCUUCAUCAAUGGCGUCCUCACUCCCGCUCCUCCUCCUCCUCCUCCCCUUCGGCCUCUUCUCUUUCGGCCGCGCUCUUCCUCGCGAAGCCAUUUUCGACGCCUCCGACGUUCUCUCCGAUUCAGGGUACGUUUCCAUGGCACUGACGCUCGAAAUUGUUGCCGAAACCCUUCUUGAGCAGUCCCCUUCCGCCACCGUCUUCGCCCCCUCCGACUCUGCCUUCAAGAAAUCCGGCCAGCCCUCCCUCGACCUCCUCCGCUUCCACCUCGCCCCGCUCCCUCUCCCUCCGGCGAGCCUCCGUCUCCUCACCGCCGGCUCCAGGAUCCGGACGAUGCUCCCUGGCCAGACUCUCACCGUCACCACCUCCUCCUCCGACGGCGUAACCUCAUUCAACAACAUCAAGCUCACCGGAUCUCCCAUCUACGACGACGGUAUUCUCUUAGUCUACGGAAUCGAUACGUUCUUCGACCCUAACUUUCAGUUUAACAUUCAAGGACCUAGUGAUAAGUCCGAUUCCUCUUGUUCCGCGAAGAACCACACCGCGACUGCCUCCGAUUCCUUCGACCAAGCCAUCCAAACCCUAAAAACCGGGGGAUACUCCGCCGUGGCCUCGUUUCUCGGAAUGCAGCUCUCCGGCGUGGCGGACCAGAGCGGGAUCACGGUGUUCGCUCCGGCGGACGACAUGGUGAUGAACCGCAUCGGCGAUUUCGGCGAGUAUCCUUCGUUCUUUCGCCGCCACGUCGUGCCGUGCAGGCUCCUGUGGAACGAUCUGGUGGAUUUCGGCGACGGAUCGGAGCUGCCUACGUUCUUGGAGGGAUUCGCAAUCAACAUCACCAGAUCUGACGGCGUUUUGAUUCUCAACGGAGUUCGGGUUUUCUUCCCCGACGUGUUCUUCAACGACAGGGUGGUUGUUCACGGCGUUAGUGAUGUUCUGGCUGCACAGGACAACGCGCUUCGCAUUGAUGUUGAUGAUGAAGAAAUCCUGUUUGACCCUUCUGAAUUUUGAGGCUAUGUAAAUUUUUAGUUCUUGUAGAUUCGGAUUUCGUUUUCCGUGUGUGUGAUUUUCGAACAGGGAUUUGGUUUAUUCACAUUAUCUUCAUGAGAUACCGUCUUGUUUUCAACUUCUUUUCUUUUUUCUUAUUUACUUCUCUAGUGAAUAAAGAUUGACCAAAUAAUUUCAA